UCAGCAAAAUGUUCUCAAAGUCAUUAAUUGCGCUAGUGGGUCUGGUAGGAAUUAUUUCCUGCCAAAACACAACAUCCUGCCCCCAGGAGAAUCGAUACGUCGUUCGGUCAGAUGCGGCCAAUUUCUUUCAAGCCUGGGAAAGGUGCCGUGAAUUGGGACUUCGAUUGGCCACCGUUAAUUCGGCUCAGGACAGCGAUAGUUUGGCGGAAGCAAUAGCAGCAUCCAAAACCAAAGCACCAUGGUGGAUUGCUGCAACUGAUCUAGGAAAUUCGCCUUUCAACUACACGUGGAUUUCAACCAACCAAGCACUUGAGGGAUACACCAACUUCGCUCCGGACCAACCUGAUAAUAAUAAAAAUAAGGGAACUGAAAACUGUAUUGAAGUGGGACGAUAUGGUUCCGUAACCUGGAAUGAUUGGCAGUGCACUGGGCAAAUCGGUUAUAUUUGUGAACGUCAUUCAGAUGACGAGUGUAGUUGCAGUUGCAAAUUUCAGAGAACGUAAGAUGAACAUCGAUCGGCAAGAAAAUCUCUGAAAAAUCAUUCUCAAGAGUUAGUAGUUUUUUACAUAUUUGAAACAAGUUAUCUAUCAUAAGUUAAAAUUUGACUUGAAAAAAAAACAUAUACAUAUACCUAAAUAUGAAAUAAAAAUAUACUUAUGGUUUUCAUGAGCUUCUUGGUAUUGAA